AUGGCAUCACAAGAUCAAAGCAGCACACAAAUGUUCAACAAAGAUGUAGAAGACAUCUUAUCUAAACACAAACAAGGAAGAGAGAAAACAGAUCAAGAAAUAGGUGGUGCAAAUAGAGGAAGAGGGAAAGGAAAAGCAACUAGAGGAAGAGGUAGAGGCAGAAGAAGAGGAAGAGGCGGAACUGCAACUACUAGAAAAACAAGAAGCAAAACUAAAGGGAAGAUUCAAGAACCAAAAGAUGAGUCGUCAGGAGAGGAAAGAAAUUUGACGGAAGAGAAGGAGGAGAGUGGAAAGGAAGAAGGAAGAGGAGAAAAAGACGUACCUGGUGGUGAUGAAGAAGAGGAGGAUACCGUCUUGCUAGUAGAUGAAGCAGAAUUUUCAGCGGAAGACGCACACAUUGAUAGAGAGCAUGAGCGCUACAUCUCGGAGUUGACGAAGCAUUAUAAAAGAGGAAACACGGGAAGGUUUGAAAUCCUGGAGCGUGCAUACGCGAGAUGGUGUGAAAGGAUUGGGACAGAUCAGAGAGGUGUUCAAAUGCUAGACGCAUCGAGUGAAGAGGUGGAGGUAGAAGUGAGUGAAACCAAGAGGAAAGCAAAGGAGAAAGUCAGCAAUAAGCCAGCUAAAGUCGGAAAGAAGAUGAACCCGGGAGAAGUCUUAACACACAGAUUAAUCAAUCUAGCGCCUUACUGGGAUAACCGUAUGAAACUAGCGUUUGGUUACGUACUGUUGACCAUUUUCGUCCCGGCAUGGUUAUUAGCGGAUAAAAAUCAUAUGUCAAAUAGGAGAAAGCAGUCGUCAUUGUGCUCAGAUGUGGUGGCGCUGAAGUAUGGCAGAGAAGAUAUCGCAAGUAGAUUAGAAGAGCAUUAUAAGAUAGUGUUAGCGAUAAAGGACAAAUAUCACAAAGCGUUUGCGCCAGCGUUAAGAUACAACAUCACUCACAGGACCAAUGUUUUUAGUCACACGCUAGAAGAUGGUGAACUGUCGGACGUCGGAAUCAAGAAUGAGGAGAUAGCAGAACAAGCGAUAGCUGAUUCGAAGGCAAACGGUGAUCAUUGGUACUUCGAUAAUCCGUACAUCGUGGGAGGAGCUAUGGAAAAUACAAAUCCAGCAACUGGGAGGAUGCAAGUCGGUUACCAUCAGAGUGAUUUCACAGAGGCGAGUGGAAGUAGCGGUCAUGGAAAUAGAGGUAGAGGUUGUAGAGGAAGAGGUGGUCAUAGAGGUGUCGUAGGAAGAGGUGGUAGUAGUAGAGGUCCCUCAACAUCAGGCCCGACCUCAGUAGUGAACGGAGUAGUGGUACCAAAGUUUGGCCCAGGAGCGUUCGAGGCAAUGAAGGUGGCUAAGCAGGCAGGAGCAAGUAGUGGUGGUGCAGGAGCUCAACAGAAUGGAAGUGGUGAAGAACAGAAAUAA